GGUCACAAAACUAUUGAAGCUAACCAAGUCCAGUCAACUGGACUGAACAACGAAUCAACGGAAAACAACCAACAUAAGAUUAAUUGCGUAUCAAUUACAAGGACUACCCCGGUAGAUCGUGAGGUAAAAUAUGUCCCUGAAAUGAAUUUCAAAGGUAAUACAAUAGUAAGUGAUGCACAUGUUUUCACGCCUGAGGGAUUCCACUCAAAGCCGGACAUCAUAGAUUUCGUUGACGCGCCAGCAUUUACUUUUGUCAAUGAAAUGGAAUGUGUAAAAGUCAACAAAGACUCAACACUUAAAACGUGUAAUAAGGUCUUUAGGCACCCGGCGUCACUCGAAGCACACGAUAAUGGUCUUCCUAUCGUAAUUUCAAAAUUCCUUAACCACAAUGAAAAUUACGAGUCACCUCUAAACGAAUCGAUUAUUGUUAAUGAAGAUAAACAAUCAUUUUUUGCUUCUGUAAACACUGAUCUCGCCGAACAAUUUCGAUUAUCAAAUAAUCCGGGUGUGCGUAAAUUGAAGGAAAUGAAAACCAUAGGCAUGCUUACGGUUCCAUCAACUGUCGAGUUUUUGCAACAAAUCGCUGAAGAAGAAGAGUUAAUAUUGGAUUAUGAAAUUGUCGAAUGUUGCCAAUUAACGAUUAGAAAAGAUUUUAUGGGUGUUCAACUUACAAUAAAUUAUUGUGCACUAACGGUUGUUGGCUUCGGUGAAACGAUACUUGAAAGUCAAGAAGAGGCGGCUUACGAGUGCUUGACUCGCUUCAAAUUGAUUCUAGAAUAUUAAAGUACAACCAAAGCAGUAGAUGUCUUUAUGUUGAACGAGAGAAUGAAACAAAAUUUCAAAAGUCCACCGACCGUCUGUGUUCGGAUCACUCUGUUCAACAAAAACACUCGAUAGCAUUUAAAAUUGUCAGCGUCAAAACCGUUCAAAAACAGUAGAAAUUGAAAAUAUUUCUCAACACAUUAUGUAAUGUACCUAAUUAUUCAACCCACUUCGGGUAGAAUAUCUCUUUCCUUAUGUACAUUUUGUAAUACAAUCAAUCGUUAAAAAACUCUGUGUAAAUUAUUAAAUAAAACGACAAUGAAUGUUUAUAAUUAUUCGAAAGCUAUAUAACGUAAUCGUAAAAAAUAAUCGUACGAAGCGAUCGAUACAAAGUCAAUAUAACUGCGACCAAUCGUAGAGACCUAUCGAAUUCGUAUGCACCCGAUGACUUUAAACUUAAUGCUCGGAGCGGUGGGUGGGGGAACAUCACCGCGAGACACUUCCGGGUUCGCCGGUGAUGCUAAACGACGAAGACGACCGUUCGGUGGUGACUUUGACGACGUUAUCACGGACGGCCGAUUGGUUAGCGGUGCAGGCCGAUUUCUCGUGCUCGAGAUUAUGUUUUCAGAUUGCUUCUCUUGGACUGCGUUCAACGAUCGCAGCGGAGUAGUUCGCUAGUCGUCGUUACCCCCUUGGACACCCCCGUCCGGGUCUACGGACGCGAUUUAUGUGUACGCGCGGGGGAUGACGAAAAAAUGGCUCACGCUUCCGAGCUGCUCGAGAGCGAACCGACACAACCCUUCUUCUCUUCUCAGAGCGCGUACAGCACUUUCUGGCACGUUGCCCCGUAUGUAAAUUCUAAUAACGCUGUCACCCAUCGUCUAAACCUCUUUUUGUAGUCCGCGAACAUAUUACAUUACAUAUUCACCAUAUUAUUAUUAUUAUUAUUGUUAUUAUUGUGCGAUAGGGAAUAUCCGAAUGCGUAUUACGCGUGCAAAGACCGACCGUUUUUAUUCGUUUUUAUUUU